UAGACGCAGCGUGCGCCUGAGAGAGAAAGACCGAAAGAAAGAACGGAGGAGUAGUGGUCCCGCUCAUUUGCCGGCUCAACAAUUCUUGCUUUUACGUUUUUUCACCAAUUUCCUCCUCGCGACGGUAAACGAGGAUAAAAUAAGUGGAAAAGCUGGAAACAAAACUAGACCGAGAAGUCAAAAAGUGAUAAAUCGAGUGACGUUUCCCAUCGAACUUCAGUUUUUUAUAUUUCCUUCGAUAGAUUCAUGUGACUUCCAUUAUAACGAACCCGUUUUAUUUGCGGGCUUCGUUAAUUCGCGAUUUUGACUAUUGCCAGUGACGUUUAAUGAUCGAACCGUCGCCGGACACUCGUCGAGCACGUGGUGUUCCGCACGUUCACGUGUAUCACUGUUUCACAGCUUUUACCACCCCCGUUGCAAUUCGGAGCAGUGAACAUUUCCGCAAAUCUGUGAUUCUAAGGAUUCCACACAAAUGAAGAAACGGUGACACCAGAAAUUGUCAUUUAUUUUCACGAGUGCACGAUCGAAAAGUUUACUACUCCCGCGCGACCACAUUGAGUUGCGCACGCGCUCAAUUCCCAAGCUGUUUGCACCGGAACGUCUCGCAGAUUGUGAUUUUGCAAUCUGCGUUCUACGCGGAUAUCGAAGCUGAUCAACCAUUUUUAACGAACAUCACGAUGGUUUACCGCGGUGCUUUCGACAUGGAUACGAUGCCUCAAACCGUACCUUCGUCCGCUGGCUUCUCGUCACCCUUCGAUUACAGCACCUUCCAGUUCGAUCUCUCCCUACUCCCCGAUGACUACGACGUCACCAGCACCCAGGACUACAUCCUCAAACCCACACAAAUCAAACAAGAAGCUCACUCGCCGAGACCCAACUCGCCAACCACCUACCCCAGCCCACCCUAUCCCGGUGCUACCGGCGAACUCUCCCCGAACUACUCUCAUGACGGCUCACCCGGAUAUCCGACCAGCCCUUACUACGUGCCGCAGAGUCCGCAGAGCGCACAGCUGUACAACCCCGGAAAGGAAGCGUCGAAACAACCGGUCAAGAGGGAAAAGAGCCUCGAUCUCUUGGCCAUUCUUCACGAAUCACGACUCCUGGCCGAAAGUCUUGGAUACAAAGAGGACUCGACUGAUUGUACGGUGCCGUGUACGCCCCCACGUACCGAGGAAGACAUUUACAACAGUCUCGAUACCGAUUUUUUUCCCAAACGCGAAGAUCCUAAUCCACUGCUGAAGGAAAUUCUGUUCAAAGAGGAGCCCCGCUCGAUCAGUUCGUCUCAAUCCUCGUCCCCCGUGCCCCAAUCGAACAAGAAGAACGAAAGUUCGCCCCUCCGAGAUUUGCUGUUCAGCAAAACAAACAACAGCUGCAAAUCCGUGCACGCGAAGGAACCCGAAGACGAGAAGCAGAGCCUCCAAGAGGAAUAUGGCACGGCGCUCCUCAAAAUCGAAGUUCUGGAAGACGAAGCUCGACUGAAGAACGAAACACCGAUGAAAACUAAGGAAGAAGAGAUCUUCGAUGACGCCGCGCAGAAAAGCGAUCAUCAACUACUCCGAGAAGUUCUGAGGGACACGAGCUUCCAGAAAAAGUAUAAUCUGAGGCCCGUCGAUCUCGGCAGCGUUGGCACGGGAUUCGUUGAGGAUAUGGAGAGCAGCGAGUGCGUUGGCGAUCUUGCCAGGGAGCAAAUCGAGCCUGUUCUCAGUCUCGCGAUUCAACAACUGCAGAAAGAUUUUGACAACACGUGUGUGGCACUCGGCAUCCAUCCAGAACCACGCCGCUGGAGCGCAGCCGACGUUGCGGCCUGGGUCCAGUGGGCUCGAAGACAACUACACUUGCCUUCGGUGCCUUUGGAAAGUUUCAACAUCGAUGGUGCGACCUUGGCUAGCCUCACGGAAGACGAUUUUUGUCAGCGAGCUCCACAGUGCGGGAGUAUGUUGCACGCUCAGCUCGAAAUCUGGAAGGCUGCGGUCGAAGAAUCACCGCGAAACACAUUGGCCGCCUGUUGGAGCCCUACGAGCGUCGUAGGGCCUCAGAGUAACGGAAAUCCCAGCCCAUCAUCGUCCCUGACAAGUCCUGGACCUGAGAGUAUCAAAGGUUCACCAUGCGCCAUGGAUUAUUCCGAUGACGAGGAUGAAGAGGCUACCACGGCAACGAGUACCAAUGGAACAGGCAAAAUGAGAAACGGUGGUUCUCACAUUCAUCUGUGGCAAUUUCUCAAGGAACUUCUUCAGAGUCCGGGGCUCCACGGCUCGUGCAUCCGCUGGCUCGAUCGUACCAAGGGUGUUUUCAAGAUCGAAGAUUCUGUGAGAGUCGCGAAAUUGUGGGGUAAACGAAAAAACCGUCCGGCAAUGAAUUACGACAAGCUCAGUCGGAGCAUCAGACAAUACUACAAAAAAGGUAUAAUGAAGAAAACAGAACGAAGCCAGAGGUUAGUUUAUCAGUUCUGUCAUCCGUAUUGCCUUUAAAAACAAAAAAAAAGUGCAUUCUGUUGGGAGUUCGUUCGAAAUUUAACGAUCCGAUAAUCCCACGUGGCCACGUCUUAAUAAUUCCGAUAUUAUUUGGAUUAUCGGAUCGCUGAAUCUCGAUCAAGCAAAACAAUUUAAACCACCAACGACAAUCAGAAUUUCCGACUCUUUCCCGAACGGGAAAGAUGCAACUCGGAGAGAACGAGAGAAAAAAAAUGCGUGUCGAUUGUUCGAGCGUGUCUGUUGUACCUUUUUUGUGUCUCGAGUGAAAGAAUCGAUCGAAUGAAUGUCUCGUUUGCACGUAUUUUUUUUUUUAUUCCUGUUGUUGUUGUGAACGUCGCCAAAAACAUAUUAUAAUCCAGCGUCUUUUCAUUAUUUAAAUUAUAAUGAAAAUUCACGCUCGGUUGAUUCAAGUACGCCCAUGUGGGCGACUAUCUAUUAUUAUCACUAUUGUAUUAUUUUAUUAUUUUAAUCACUAACAUUUCGAGAUAUAUUCGUAUUUUUUACGGUAUUUUUAAUCGAUUGCUGUACAUGAUUUUCUCUAUCAUUCUAAAGUAUUUGAUCGAUUUAUUCGGUGGUCAAUUGAGAAAUUUGGGAGGUACGUCCCAAGUUUCUAGUUGGCAUAAUUUUAAUUAAAUUACUUUUUCGUUGUUUUUUUUUUUUUUAUUAUUUUAUUUUAUUUUAUUUUUUUUUUUUCAUUCGCGUUUUAUUUCUGCAGUCACGAUAAUAUUCGUUUUGUAAAACAUUUCGUGAUUCGUAAGGCUUUUCUUACGAUUGCUUGCUGGUCUCUGAUGCCCGCUUCAUGGAUCAGUCAACACGAAAAAAUGUCAUUUUCUUAAAAUGUUAUUUCGAGCGACUGAUCAUGUGGCGCAGUAAUUUUAGCGCACGGAACUCUUCGUUGCUGCUCGUUACUGAUCCAUCGAUUCUCUCGAUUCACUGAAUUCACCAACAACAUCCGAAUAAUCGACUCGAAUGUGGAAUCGCUUCGGAAAACAACUGUGCAGGUUCGUUUUCUCAGAGAAUUGGUGGAUCCCUUCCCGCGUCUUUGAAGCGUCCUGGGCAUCAGAUUCUGGUGAUUUUGGUCCCAUAUAUCUAUGAUAUAUUAAACAUUGUAUGUUCCAUGAACGAUUAGAGAUUAAGGAUUUAAUUAGAAUAAGCGAAAAAGGCUCACGUGAGCCACUCGUAAAAUUAUUAUGUCGAUGUACGCAUCGAUCAUUCGUCUAAAUAUUCAUGAAAUGAAAAAGAGAAAAAAGAAAAGAAAAGAAAAAAGAAACACAAUAUUUAUUUAAAAGUACGAUUUAUUUAUAGUUUGUUUGUUUUUUUUUUUUCUUAUUAAUUGGGAUAAAGGCGGUGAUUCUGUUAUGCGCAAUGGUUCUUUGUUUGGGAUUUGGGUAAAUCGAGUCUAUACGGUUAAGUUAUUGUUUCAUCAUUUAGUUUAAGCACAUGUUUUUCUACGCUGUAAUAAUAUAUUUCUCUUAAUGAUACGCCCAGAUGAUAUUAUUAGGUCGAUUACCAUUACGCGCUCAAGAAAUAAUCGAUUAUGGUAUGUUUAUAUGAUGAAACACAGGCGAAUAUAAGGCUGCACCGCAUCGUCUGCAACGCCGGAACCCUCUUCGUCCGUGAUACACGAUAAGCCUCCAAUCACGCUCAUAAAAUGUCGAAUGCCUUCCUCCCAUCGAAACGUUUGUACGGCCGUUUUUGCUAAAGGUCACUCCCCCUCCUAUACCUGGGCAGGUCUAAAUUUAUAACCUCAAAAAACAGCAAGAACAAACGACAAAAAUUUCUAUACACUCACGCUUUUGUACAGAUAUGUUUCUGUCGUAUUCAGGCAGUCGCUCAAAUAUUGUAAAGAAUGUCGAUCGCUGGCAUCGAUCAAAAUGAUAUUUUUAUACGUGCAAUUAUACAGUGAAAUAAAGAGCUUGAAAGUACUAUUCUAAAUCCAGUAUCGUUAAAAAAAUAAAAAUAAAAUAAAAUAAAAAGAAAUAAAAAAAAAGAAUGGAACGGAGUAUAAAAAUAUAAUUGUGAAACACUUUAUAGGCAACUUAGAUUGCACAUCGUAUCGAACCGAAGGCUACGAAAAGGUCAGUACUUCGGGGUAACAAAAGAGAUAGGGAGAACCAAGGUACCUUCUCAUCUACAACGUUUGCCUCGAAGAUUUUGCUCACCCGAUCCCGAGAGUUUACAUAAUGGGGUCGUAAAGUAUAUGGUUCAGUACGGGGGUGUGGAUCCUUCGAUACGAUACGUACGAGUCGAACGUACCUGAGGUAUAUCUAGGAGGAAUUCCACUUCGAGGCGACCGUUUCAUUUAUCGAUGUCAACGAAAAUUCAUCAUUAUUUUUGUAAACUCAUUUUCUACCAGACUUCAGUAAAUUUUGGUUGAUUUAACAAAACUGAGCUGAGGGCACUUCACGAUAAAUCCACUGCUAAAUAUUUUGUGUUGAUUCGAUUUCAUUGAAAAAACCCGCUCGGAGAAGCUUCGUCUCCGCAUUUUUGAAUUUUUCCAAAAUUUGUGUCUUCUCCUUGAAAUCAUUCUAAUUCAACGCAAACUUGAUGCCCCCCUUUUUUGAAAAACUGAUAAACAUCGAAUUUUGGGGGAAAACAAAUUUUCAAAGCUGGCUGGAUAAAAACUUGGAAAUUAAUGAAAAAAUCAAUGAAUCGUGGAAUACGGUAACCUCACUGAAAUCGGAGAACUCGAGGGCAUGACUCGAGUGAAUUUGGUGCGUGGAAUGCUCUCCUCGCACUCAGCAAUUAUAAUUUCUCGAAUCGAAUGGUAAUCGAGGAGAAGUCGCAAUACUCAAAUGAAGUUGUUAUAUUAAAUAGUAUACGUAUAAUCAACGGUGGUGUCGACGACUUGAAAUAAAUAUUGGCGUACAGAGUCGAUAACUAGAAUGUGAGCAAAUAUAUUUGAAGUAACAAUAUUCGACUAUGGCGAACGAGUUGGGUUCUUAUGAACAUGCAGCAGUAUCGGGCCAGGGUGUGGGAUACAAAGAGUAGAGCAGAACGUGAGAUCGACGAAAAGAAGUUUGUGUAUGAGUGUGUGGCUCAGAGUCUGUUUCUGAUUCGAUCCGAACGAUAAAUAUCGUAAAGCGUACACGAUUUCUGAACAACGUAAAUUUCGCUCUCUUAUGAUGAAACAUUGUUCAUUUGCAGCAUCACACGUGUACCCUGAAGAAUAUAUAAGAACGUUUUAUAGAUACAUGAAACAUCAUAAAUAACACACGUGCACAUACGUACAGCACACAUUUGAAAUUUUAUACUUUACAGUUACACGAGGUAUACAAUAUAUUCGAACAUUUAUAAGUUUCACUGAGCAAAAACACAUUUAAUCGUUUCUACAAAGAACGCUGUAUAAUUAUCCGUUAGCAUGAGCGCAGCGUACAGUUUUUUUGCAUAAUCGAACGAUUCAUUACAAUAAAUGAUGAAAUUAAAAAAUAACAGCGAUGAGAACGAUUUAAUCAUCAAAACAUAUUCUCGAGGCUUCAAGUUUUACUAGAUUUUCGAUUGGAUAUGAAAAAUUGGGUCGAAGGAAUGAGCUCUUCUUCGAUCAUAAUUUUUCUUAUUUUAUCGAUUCAUCUUUCAAUAGUCGAUUGCAAUUAACUUUGAUGCAUGGUGCCCUGCGAAUUGUCGUCAAUAUUUUGUCAAAAAAUAUUUUUUCCUCGUAUCUUUACGAAAUUUUGGUACGUACAUGUAUAAUUCUUUGGUAUUGAUUGUAAUCGAUGAUAUUAUUAAUUUAAUCACAUGUAUUAGUAUUUUUUAUGCACUAUCGUAUACGAAUAAUGAGAUUAUAUAUAUUUUAUUAUAAGGAUAUUAUUGUUUGUUGCUGUUGGAACGUUCGGCGGCUGUAUUCACUAACACAUCCCGUUCGAUGAACGAAAAUUGCAUUAAAUUUGAAUAUUUUAAAAACUA